AUGAAUGGAACAUUCGCGGCUGCCUCAACGACUAACUUGUUCUUGGCUUCGAGAGACGUGGCUUGGAGUGCUCCUAAGGGUCUAGGGUUUGUCUUUGUGGACCCUGAGGCUCGUGAUGAUCAUCGCAGAGAGGCCCUCUUUCACGGGCUCGGAGUCAAGAAGCUAAGCAAAAGAGAAAUUUGCGAACGGAUUGUGGAAGACCACCGCACGAAGGACAAGCGCGAUGGCCCGCGCCCGCUAGAUUGCCUGGUAGAGGAGAUGGUCCAACCCGCGCCCGAUAUGUCUAUUACGUCGCCCCAGAUGCGCCUCCUGACCUUCUCAGCCAACAUCUUAGGAAUUCACCAGCUCCCAUGA